GGGGAACUGCAUGCAGUUUGGCUUUGGAUAAGCAUAAAUCUUGCAUCUGUAUAGAAGCCAUGAAUGAAGAAAGGAAAGCAGUAGACGAGAAGUCCUAUUCACAAGUUUCUGCACAAACUGUAAAAUUAUUUGCUGAAAUGGUUGGUAUUUCUGAUUUACCUGAUGGCAUUGCCGAUCUUUUGGCCGAAGAUUCCAGCUACAGGCUACGAGAAAUAACGCAAAGCAGUUGUCAGUACAUGAGGCACUCGAAGAGGAAAAAACUAAUGGGGACAGACUUUAAUAAGGCUUUGAAAAAUUCUGAUCUAGAGCCCAUUUAUGGAUACAGCCACAUGGAAUCAGCAAAGUUUGUCCACGUUCCUGAAGUAGAUCUGUACUGUGCAGAAGACCCUCCUGUCUGCCUAGUUACUGAAGCCUUGGAAUCCAUCGAAGUAAAGCAUCUAACACCAACUCAUGUCAAAGCUCAUUGGCUUUCUGUAGAAGGUGGGCAAAAGGGCAAUAGCAGCUCAAGAGUACCCUCAGGAAAUAUAAAUGGACAUGUACAGAAAGCCCUUUCUCCACAUCUUCUACUUUACUAUGAAAACGUAACAAACGCAAUACUGAGCGAUGACUCUGAAAUCACGCAGGUGGCGCUGAAGGACUUACGUAGUAACGGCAACAUAUCUUCGUUGCUGCCAUACUUGAUUAACUUUGUGAGUUGUGGAGUGAAGGCGGCGGGCCACGACCUUGUGAGGCUCAGCAAGCUGCUCAAUGUCAUGCGCGCGCUGAUACGAAACGCAGCGCUCUACUUUGCACCAAAACCUUAUUUGCAGGUGUUGACGCAGUCAGUGAAGCUGUGUGUGGUGGUUGAGCCACCGGCUACCAGUACGAAUCUCACGGGUGACCACUGGAUAUUGCGAGAUCAAGCUGCUCUGCUUCUCGCUGAAGUAGUAAGGCGGUGGCACACACCUGUAAACAGACUGCGACAGCACACAGUGAAAGGUCUGUUGGACACGCUCCGUGAUUUUUCUCGACCUCUUCCCGUGCAUUAUGGCGCCAUCAUGGCCCUCAUCGCGUUUGGACAUGAGACGUUGGAUGAAUCAUUGCUUCCUUUCAUGCCCACAUACUGGCAAUACCUGCAAGGCAUUGUGGAUGAUACUAGUUCUGCAAAACACGAGAUUACAUCGAAUGCAAGAACAGUAUAUGGGGCUCUGCUGCUGGCAGCAGAGAUCAUUCUGAGGCAUAAAAUAAAAACGCUUUCUUCAAGCAAACUGAAAGCAACAGCACCUACACCUCUGCCACCACCCGCCAUUACGAAGAAUCUACCAGUGCAGGAAACCGCGCACAAAGUCCCGGAACGUAGCGUCACCAUGGAUACAACCCCGGACACAUCUGCCAUCGUUUCGGUGAAAAUCGAGCCGGACUCGAAUCCUGCAUUCGUUGCGAGUCCUGUCGUCGGUGUGGGAUUUGCGCCCCUCACCAUCGACACUAGCUUGGCGGCGGCGGCGGCGACAACGACGAUGGCCGGCGCGGAUCGCGGAGCCGGGUUGCUCGCGACGAGGGACGAGUCGGCCGACGCUAAGUCGAUGGCCGACGUCUACCGCGAGCUGUCAGAGAUGUUCGGCGACGCGCUCGCCCUGCGUCUGCCAGUGCUACCGCCGCCGCGCUCGCGCCCCGCUGGGACGCCCGUCGACGCAUUGGCGGCGGACCGGCGCAGCGGUAGCGAGCUGCUGCGCGAGAUCGAGAAGCAGGUGGCGCCACCGCACGAACCGAGCCCGUCGCUCGAGUCGUAUGCCGACGACGCGAUGGAUCUCGCCAUCAAGGAGACGGUGCACGACCCCGACCUCGGCAUCAAGGUCACGAUUGCGCGGCGACGCCGCCGCACGGCCGACGACCGCGCGGCAGCAGCAGCAGCAGCAGCGCAGCAGAGGCGACGCCCUCCGCCGAGGUCGUACCGUCUGUACGGGUUCGACGACGACGACGACGACGACGGUGGCGGCGGCGAUGAUGACGCUGUGUUUUUCUACGCGCCGCGGCCGCGCCGCGAGUUCUUGUUCAACUAUACGGGUGCGGCACAGCGGCCGCCGCAGGCGCUUUGCCGCGGUCUCGCCGCCGCAGCGCUACCGCAGCCGUCUUACUCGCUUUACCAGCAGAUGUCGCUACAGGUCGCUCCGCUCGCCAGGGGGCGUAUCCGGGUUGGUGCGGGCAGUCAGCGGCACUUGUUAGCGAGCAGCAACCUUGCGUUGCCGCUGUAGAGAUGUCGGCAAGACGCGCGCAGGGGGGGGGAGAUGCACUGUCUCAUCAGUUAUUAUCACAGCGAUUUCAGGCAAGUAAAACAUUGGUAAAACGAGGUGGGUUUUGUCAUGACGCAUUUUAUGUUUUAUUACCUGACGUGUUCAUUUCGGUAGAAGGACACAAUGUCACACUAAAACUAUAAAAAAAAUUCCCGUCUAAAGGAGUCCAUACAAAAUAUUUAUCCUAGUAUAAAGCUUAUAGCAGAUCAUUUGCUUUUAUCACUGCAUGUCCUUUUACCUACCUUAUCAUGCUAAAAAAAACUUUUUCUCAA